AUGAGUAAAAAUCAAAAGGCAUGCCGCAUGCGUGUCAACGAUUCGAUUGUUGAGACUUCGAUGCUCGAUACUUCCAAUGAAGAGAAGGAAAAUGAGACUCGGGACCGAUUCGAGACACGAAAAGCAAGCACCCUCAAAAAACUAAUUAUGGACGUCGAAUGUUUCUGCGAGAGACGGACUUUGAGGCGCUUCUCUAGCCGCUGGUUCCAAUCCUUCCAAAUUGCUGGCCUAGGGGAAUCGACGGCUUGGAAGCGUCUUAAAUUCAGCGAAUCUGAUACACCGUCAGAAGGGUAUGUACCUCAGACUUGGGAUGAAUUUGAGCGAAGCCCUCAGAAAACUGCCAAGAAAGUAACGUUUGCUGAGAAACUGCCAACCAUCACUAAAUUUGGGGAUUCACUCAAGGCCAAACCCAAAAAGAAGAAAAAGUACCCCGGAUUCGUGUCCACGGAAAUCUAA